UACAGUCUAGCCAAAUGAUUCAUACAAAGGAGAAACCAUUCAUAUGUACAGAAUGUGAGAAAAGCUUCACAUGUAAUUUGCAUCUCCCUGAACACCACACAGUUAACACAGUUGUGAAACCUCACACAUGUACAGAUUGUGGGAGAUGUUUCUUAUCUAAAGGAGGCCUUAUGUAUCACAAAAAGACCCACACAGGGGAGAAACCUUUCACAUGUAACGAGUGUGGAAAAUGUUUUACACAAAAGAGUGAUCUGAAAACUCAUGAAAGGAAUCACACAGGAGAAAAGCCUUUCACAUGUACAGAGUGUGGAAAAAGUUUUACACAAAUUAAUUGUCAGAAAACUCAUGAAAGGAUUCACACAGGAGAAAAACCUUUCACAUGUACAGCGUGUGGAGAAAGGUUUUCAAAAAAAAUUAAUCUGAAACAUCAUGAAAGGAUUCACACAGAAGAAAAGCCAUUCACGUGCACAGAAUGUGGAAAACGUUUUACAGAAAAAAGUGAUCUUAAAACUCAUGAAAGGAUUCACACAGGAGAAAAGCCCUUCACAUGUACAGAGUGUGGAAAAUGUUUUACACAAAUAAGUCAUCUGAAAACUCAUGAAAGGAUUCACACAGGAGAAAAACCUUUAACAUGUACAGAUUGUGGGAAAAGUUUUACACAAAAGAGUACUCUGAUAAAACACGAAAGGAUUCACACAAGAGAAAACUAUUUCACAUGUACAGAGUGUGGAAAAUGUUUUUCAGAAAUAAGUAAUCUGAAAACUCAUGAAAGGUGUCACACAGGAGAAAAGCCUUUCACAUGUACAGAGUGUGGGUAUGGAUUUGCAAACAAAUGUAAUUUAAAAAAUCAUGAAAGGAGUCACACAGGAGAAAAGCCCUUCACUUGUACAGAGUGUGGAAAAAGUUUUACACAAAAGGGUAAUCUAAAAACUCAUGAAAGGAGUCACACAGGGGAAAAACCUUUCACAUGUACAGAGUGUGGAAAAAGUUUUACACAAAAGAGUGAUCUGAAAAAGCAUGAAAGGAUUCACACAGGAGAAAAGCCUUUCACAUGUACAGAGUGUGGAAAAAGUUUUACAGAUAUGAGUCAUCUGAAAAAGCAUGAAAGGAUUCACACAGGAGAAAAACCUUUCACAUGUACAGAGUGUGGAAAAAGUUUUACACAUAUGAGUAAUCUGAGAAAGCAUGAAAGGAUUCACACAGGAGAAAAGCCUUUCACAUGUACAGAGUGUGGAAAAAGUUUUACACAAAUAAAUAGUCUGAAAACUCAUGAAAGGAUUCACACAGGAGAAAAGCCUUUCACAUGUACAGAGUGUGGGAAAGCUUUUACACAAAUUAGUCAUCUGAAAUAUCAUGAAAUUAGUCACACAGGAGAAAAGCCUUUCAAAUGUACAGAGUGUGGAAAAGGUUUUACACAAAUUAGUCAUCUGAAAUAUCAUGAAAGGAUUCACACAGGGGAAAAGCAUUUCAGAUGUACAGAGUGUGGAAAAUGUUUUACACAAAAGGGUUAUCUGAAUAGUCAUGAAAGGAGUCACACAGGGGAAAAGCCGUUCACAUGUACAGAGUGUGGAAAAAGUUUUACAGAAAAGAGUAGUCUGAAAAAGCAUGAAAGGAUUCACACAGGAGAAAAGCCUUACACAUGUACAGAGUGUGGAAAAAGUUUUACACAAAUUACUAAUCUGACAAAACAUGAAAGGAUUCACAAGGGAGAAACCCUUUCACUUGUGUAGAAAGUUCAAAAAAGGUUUUUAUUGAAAUCAGGUAUAACAAAACACCAAAUAUUUACACACAAAUAAACUUUAUAUACACAGUGUACAAACCUUUUUACAAUUAUCAUAAAGAGGACAAACUCUCUAAAUCGAAACAUCAAAAAGGAUUCUAUUGUAAAUAAUACUUUCUAAAUCACAGUUCUAAAUCACAGUUAUAAAAGCCCCAUAUUGGAAGUGCUCUCCUUCUGUCCUUUGUUCCUCUAUAUAUGUGCACCUCAGUUUCUCUCAUAUCAAUGUGAUAGAAUACAAACACAGUGUUGUUUAUUAAUAUGCCAGUGUUAGGAGAUGUACGUUUGAUUUACAUAGGGGAGAAAAUAAUUACAGUUACAGAAUAAAGGAGUCUUUAUAUGAAUAGAGUGUUAGAGAAUAAUAUAAACAAGAACACCAGUCUCAAAUGAUUGACAUCUGGGAGAUAUAUUUAAUGUGCACAUCUUGUGUAUAAACAUUUCCUUAUAGCAAUAGAUGCUUAGCAUUGUACAUGUUAUAUACCAGAGGAAUUACUGAGGGGAGACUAAUUUUAUUUAAUGAGACACAAUAUCAGUAACCGGUACAUACGUGAUCAUAAUCAGUUUAAUAGGCUACUAUAACCUACAUGUAUACUGGGUAUGUAAUAUGUAUGUCAUGUUCUGUAAUUUGAUAUUAUGUCUGUUAGGUGUUUUCAUGUUAGUUAGAAGCCACAAGAACUGAUAAUAGCACAUGCUGUAUAUAUAAAGGGAACAUUAUAUGUCUGAUAAAUCCCUUUGUAUCAAGAGCAAAAGUGUUAGGUAUAUUUAUACCAUUGUGUGCAUAUAUCAUGUAAUGCUGCUUUUUACUAUAUAAUUAUAUGUAAUGUUUUUUAAUGCAAAUAAAAAGUGAUUAUUAUCAUAA